UUGGCGUUUCACUCUGCUUCACACUGCUACUUCUCUUCUCUCUCUCUCUCUCUGUAACAACACAACAAAACACAUAUCCAACAUUCUCUUAAACCCCAAACCCUCUCCAUCAUCUCCACGAGAAGCUAUCUAGCUACCUAGCUCUUACUCUACUCUUUAAAAAACCAGCUUCUUUUCCUUCUCUACAGUACACUUCUCUUUGGUCUAAGCUCUCAAUGUAACACGGUGCCUUUUCUCCUUAAUUCUUCUCUUUUAAAACCCACCAUCCUUUCCUAAAUCUUUUUUCAACUCUGUUUUUUUUUUUGCUUUGAUCUUUCCUCUCCAUGGCUACUCCACUUUCGCUAUUUCUCAUGCCUAACAAUGAUAACAAACAAGAACCUACCCAGACCAUGGCCAUAAGCACCAAACCAGCUGAACCGGCAAGAAGAAGUACUGCUACUAAUCAGAGCAAAAGGCCUACCACCAGCAAAUGUCAAACUCGCAAGAAACAAUGCCAAAGAGGCAUGGGAGUAGCUCAACUUGAAAGUUUAAGGAUUCAAGAAAGAUGGAAGGCUAUUACUGAAGCGAACCAGAAUAUUGGUGCUCUCAAUCUCCAACCCACCCAGCAGUUACAUGAUCACUACCCGUCUAAUUAUAAUACUGAUAAUAAUAAUCAAAUGCUGCAGUAUGGUACUACAGUUAACCGUGGUGUGCCAAUGAGUAGUAAUGGUGGUGUUUUUAAUGGUUUCUUGGGUUGGGAUCACCAGGGUGGUGUGGUGGUUAAGAGGGUUGAUGGGUUUAAUGUGAAUAAUAAUGAUGGGUUUGGGUCGGGUCAGGUUUUUGUUAACCCGUAUUUGGUUGGAUCAGUUCCGGUUCAUCAGGUUGGGGCUCCUGCUCCUGUCUUUGAGGCUUCGAAAGAGCUCUCUUCAAUCCCAAAAGUAAUGCAGCAUCAGCAAUACGAGCCUUCUCGUUGUGAUCUUUGCUUUAAGAUGGGUGGAUUCAGUGCCAGAGCUGCAAGGAGUGCUCCCUACGCCAAUCACAACCACAACAACAAUGAGGGUACUUCAGAGGUGAUGGCAGUUCACAGAAAGGGCAAUAACCCAUUGGGCAGAAAUGUUAUCAUGGAAUAUGAGUUUUUCCCUGGAAAAAAUGGUGAAAACACUUGUUUCAAGGAGAUGGAAUUUCCCCCUCCAGAAGCUUCAGUUGCAGUGGGAACUGGUGAAGCUUUUUGUGUUACAACUUACUCUGAUUACAGUGGUUACAGUGCAUCUAAUGCUUCUAAUUCUAUUGACUUGUCUCUGAAGCUUUCAUAUUAGAUUCAAAGAAACAUGUCUGGUUAUGGUUAAUUUUUUAUGUUUUUUCAAUAUCUGUGUGAUUACCCAAACCUAAACACAGCUUAUAAUUUCCCUUUUGUUCUUAAACUAAUUAACAGCAACGCC